AUGUCUACCUUUGACGCUGUAAAUUUGUCGCCCCUUGAGGAGCUGAACGAAACCGAAGAACACUCUAGAGAGUUGCAAAUUGAAGAAGGGUUCAAGAUCUACCAAGAGGCUCUGAUGGCAAUGAAGGAGGCCCAAUUUGAACUCUCGGACAACAAGUUUACUCUUUUGUUCCAGUUGAACAUCAUGCAACCGGACAAGUGGGGUUUCUAUCGAUACAACUCGCCUACAUUGGACAGACUACGAUAUUUGUCUUACAGGAACCGAGGGAUGCUAUAUUAUCGAUGGUUGAUACAUAGAAGUGAAUUGGACGAGAAGGAGAGCAUUGGAUCAGCUGAUAUUGUCACUGACAUCUUAAAGGUUAUUGAGAAUCUGGUCGAAUCACUCCAACACAGUGAUGCUGAUACAAGCGUCUCUGAACUCCUUUUGGAGCUUUUCCACGCUUUCAAGUCUCAGCGGUUGAAACGGUUAAUCCUGGAAACUGAACUGAAUAAACGCGAUAACCGGCUGUUUUUGGUACGUGGGAGGCGUAGAUGUACCGUUCUACCCCAAUUGAAAAACAUUAUCGGUCAAUACAAGACAUUGCUUUUUGAUAUUGGUGAUCCCAUAACCAAAGAAAAGCCAACUUCAACAUUGCGACCCACACUAAACUCGAUUCUUUCAGAGAUUUAUCAGCUGAAAACUGAAGAUGAAAUAACUAUGAAGAAAACGGACUGCCAGGAAAUCCUCUUAAAAACACUUGAUUGGGAUGUUUUCAUAAAAUCCAUAAGAGAAUUGAUGCCCUCCAUCAAGUUCUCGUCACUAUUUAGUAGGAAUUCCGAUCCGUAUAGUGAACUUGACUUUCCAAUAGAAAGCUUGAAGUUUAAUAUUGAGGUACCGACGGGCGAAAAAUUUUGCGAAGAAGCACAAUCUGUUGAAAGUAUGCCAAGACCCAAAAACACAGAUGACGAUCUCGUGAUUUCUGGAGGUGAUGGGGCUGCCAAAGACAUAAAACAAGAGAAUGAUAGUUUGGAGAGUGCUCCGAAGAACGAAAACCAAUCGAAUUCUAUUGUACAAGGGGCAGAUGAUGCUCUGAGAAAAGGUACAAAACGUUCGAACGAUAAUAAUGAUACCCCAAGACAGAGAAGUAGCAAAAGAUUCAAAGAACGCAACAGUUCAGAAGAUGUUAUGCCGAUAGGCGACUCAAAUAACUCUGCACAUAUCAACCUUUUUUUGAAUCUGGAAUCCCUUAUGAAAACUGUCGGAUGUGGUGAACUACCUUUAAAGUACGAACAAUUAUCUGUUAGUGUUGACGGUGCAACGGGAUCUUCGAACAUGCAGUACAUUUGCCGCAUAGUCUUCGACUGCUUAAAAAACUGGAGCACGUGGCACACUAACAUAUAUAACAAGAAGUCUGUCACAACAACCGUGGACGAGAACGUGAAGUUAAAUUCCUUAUUAAAAUCAAACACAUUGGAUGAAAGCGAGAGUGCACAAGCUUCGAUGCCACCAUUAUCAGCUAUGAAAUUAGAAAUUCUUUUGAACGAUGUGAAUAAACAAAUGCCACACUUUCACGAAUUGAGGUUUUUGAUCUUAAGUUUUCUUCUUGGACAAAAUUCUGAUGAAAGAUUAGUAGUUGAUUACAUAUGGACUCCAGAAUUAUUUAAGAUGGUCCAAUGGUUUGUUAUGAGUAUUGAAUCAAAUCUCUACAGCUAUUUUGUGGAAAAUAUUUCACAGAACUGGCACUUUGCCCUUUCGGUAUACGAAAUUCUUGUUAAUAUGGCAGGUAGCUUGGCGGAAGAAAUGGCCCUAAAAAAGUCACAAGGGAACAAGACAUCUGAACUCAGGACACAGAUGAACAAACUGGAAAAAAAAAUUGAAAGACUUUCUGUCCUAUUAUCUGCAAAUGAAAAGGAACUGAAGGCCCAAGAAACAGUUUGUAUGAAGUGGGUUCAUUAUUCGUUAUUGCAGUAUAGCAAGGGUACCACCAAUGGGCAGUUAAUGGAAGCGUUGGAGUCACUUUCCGAGCUUCUUCAAAGCCUUCCACCAACUUUCAAUGUGAUUUAUCCAAAUUAUCAAUAUAUUUCUAAUUUGAGUGCUGGUGCAAUCAGCUCACAGCUGAGGAAGCUGAAGAUGGUUGAAAGUCUGACUUUUGAUAAAAGUGACUCUACUGAUGAUACACCAGGUAGUAUUGAACAUAUAAAACUACUGGAAUCAGUGCUCUCGUAUUGUCUAACUUCAAGCAAAGACGAUAAUAUGAUAUUAAACAAGGACAUGGUAGAAUUCAUUCUUAAGUCUCCAUUCACACUAAAGAUUAGGUUAUGGGACAUAUUGUUUUCCCACUACCUAAAAAUGGACGAUAGGCUCGCAGUUUUGAGGACGUAUUUUGGUAUUCUACAACUGUUAAUAGACGAAAUUCUUUCAUUUGAAACCAGAGAGGAGAAGUCAAUGGACUCAAGCAUUUCCAAUCUUUUAACAGCUCUUUCAACAAUCGGAAGUUUUACAGGUCGGGUGGUAAACUUUCUUCAAUCAAAUCACUGGGAAUUGAGUGAUGGCGCUGUUGAUGAAAGUAGAAUGAGAACUUUAUUGCAAGCCUUUUUUCUGUUUUACCUGCUCUUUUUUUACGGAGGCACUUCUACUGAUAAUAAUACCAAGUCUUUCUUUGAAAGAGCUACAAAAUCCUCUGCAAGAAUGAAAGAACAAACAACGUCAUUGAUAAGUUUGAUUAUCGUUUACUUCCAUUCUCUUUCAAAAAAAUUGAACACUGAUACUGAUGGUGUGCAUACAAUAAAUCUGAUAUCCUGCUUCCACGAGUUUCUAGGUCAUUUUCUGUGCUGUGAUGCAGCGCACACUAGCUUUUUGCUGAUUGCAGAAACAUUAUUAUGCAAAUUCACCAAUGAACUGUCAUACAUGCAUCUGAAACAGAUUAUGUGGUGCCGAUACCACUUUCUGAUAUCUGGCGAUGGUCAUAGUGUUUCGCAACACCCAACCCAUCCCAACAAGAUGGAAAAAUCCAAUGCAUUAACAGUGGGGGUGUAUUUAAUAAAACUGAAUUAUCGCACUGUAAACCCGUUGCUAUUAUCCACUAAUAAAACAUCAUUGAAACAAGUACUUGAUACUAUCAUCGAAACCAUUGGAGAUCCUUUAGAAGUCAAUGACUAUUGUAUCGUCAAGAAUAAACAUUCAUUGAAAGACUAUUUGAAUUCUCCUAUAACUACCACUCUGUUCCAAGAUGCACUGAAAGGAGCAAAUAACAUCAAAUUCACAACCCCGAACAUACCACUAUCUCAAGCUAUGGACACAGGACUUUUUUAUGUGGUUAGCGUACAUUCGCUCAAUCAAUAUAUGAUUCGCAAAAAGUCUAUGCAGGCGCGACCUUCCGAAUUAGACGCCAUCAUCAAGACGCUCAAAUGUGAUAUCAUAUAUAACACCAGUCGUUUUGAAAGUUGGUAUCUUCUAGGGAAAUGUUUCAGCUACAUAGUUGAGGAUGAUUUGAUAUGGACGGCAGACAAACUUGCUAUCCUUGACAAGAAGCGAAUGGUAGCCCUUGCUCAACGGAAGUCAAUACUGUGCUAUAUUAAGUCGUUGACGAUAUACCAUUCCAGGAAUGAGGUGUCGGACGGGGAUGAGAAAAUUCUGCAAAUGGUUUUAGAAGCUCUUGGGAACGAAUUAACCAAUGGAUAUUAUAAACCUAUGAAUAAGCUAUGCUUUUGUUGGAGACAAUCUGACUCUAUUUUGAGAAUGAACGAAAACUUUUUUGUCUCUGAGGAGAAUGCUGCAGAUAUAUCAACAAUAUCUGACUUUAAUAUAGAGCAAGCAAUCCUCCUCUGCUUGACUCAAGCUAAUAAUCUGGAACAACAAUCGUGUAACUGGGCGAAUUACUUGGCAAUAUCUAAGACAUUAUCUAAACUGAACAGAGAAGAAUCUCAGGAACCCACUAUUGAGAAUAUCUUGGAGUCGUGCCGGCGUGCCAUAAAGGAUUCAGAGGGAAAGGAUUUUAUUCUUGAACCUCAUUACAUGUUGAUAAAAACGUGUUACAAGCUGGUUAAAAGGUUAGUCUUGGGGCCGAAAAAGGCUUUAAAUAUAAUGGAAUUCGAUAAAGAAGUGUUGGGCCAGAACGCGGAAUUCUGGACUAUUGACGAGAACACUUCAGGGAAUGAGAGAAUAGAAAAGGAAUUUUACCAUAAAGUUAUAGCCGUGCUGAGACACUUAAUUACUCUGGACAGAAGAAAGUGGCACCACAGACCGCAGUAUCGUAUCGCAAAGAUACUAUUUGAAGAUUUUGACGAUGUGACUGGAGCCUUAGAAGAGAUGAACAAAGUUGUUUCACUAAAGAGCAGUAAAAACUUGGUCUCAAUUUGGAAACCUGAAUAUGAAAGACCGGGAAAGCAUUUUGUUUACGCCUAUGAGUACGUUGUGUUCUAUAUCAAACUCCUCUUUGAACGCAGCGAUUAUAACUCUAUAGCGCAACUCUUGAAAAAAAUUAGAAGGUUUAGUUCAGGAAUGCUUUACGUGCCCGAAGCGACAGAUAUUGCUAUAAAAGCUUACGUCAAGGCUGCCGUCAAGAAGUUGGAUAUUGACGAGAAGUAUAUCGAACACUUACUCCCUAUCCUAAGUUAUCAAGACUUUUUGCAUUACAGCGUACAGCUUCAAAAGGAGUUCGUGACCUCAAAAUACUCGGACGAGCAUCUUAUGGGCCUGAAACUAUCAUUUCAGCUGAAAAAGGGAAACAAUGGUAUAGCCUUCGAUUUGGUAUGCCUUUCAAUAUACUUCAAGUAUUUCUACCUUCCUUUUCUAGGCGAGAAGAAAGGGACAGAUAACGUUUGUGGAAGUAUAGCCGAAGAGGCAACUCCGCCAAUGAUGCCGUUACCAACUUUCCCUGAUAAGCCUACGCCAAUUAAUAAUACAAAUAACAAAGCCAUCUCAACGAGAAAGCGUGUGAGCAAAAAGGAAACAUUUGACAGGAUCAAAUCACUUGUGGAAAAGAUACCAGAUGAAAAGUGA